CUAAAACCACCGUCACAGCCUCACAGACGCACACACUCACCCAUCUCUCACCUUCUUCUUCUUCUUCUUCUUCUUCCACUAAACCACGGCUGAAUCGACGUCGCCGUGUCCGAAAUUCCCCGACUUCCGAUCCCGAUUUCACACCAGCCGAGACUAGCAACAAGAAGAAGAGAUGGCGAUGAGUCCGGCGGUGCUGAAGGCGGGGCUGGUCAUAGUGGGCCUCUGCAUAGCCGGCUACAUUCUCGGCCCACCUCUCUACUGGCACUUCAUGGAGGGCUUGGCCGCCGUCUCCCGCUCUUCUUCUUCUUAUUCUUAUUCUUAUUCCUGCCCUCCUUGCACCUGCGACUGCUCUUCUCAGCCGCUCCUCUCCAUCCCCAUUGGACUCAGCAACAUUUCGUUUGCAGACUGUGCAAAGCAUGAUCCAGAGGUGAAUGAGGAUACUGAAAAGAACUUUGUGGAUCUUUUGACUGAGGAAUUGAAGCUUCGGGAAGCUCAAGCUUUGGAGAAUCAGCAAAAAGCUGAUAUAACUCUACUGGAGGCUAAGAAGAUUGCAUCCCAGUAUCAAAAGGAAGCUGACAAGUGCAGUUCAGGGAUGGAAACAUGUGAAGAAGCAAGGGAGAAAGCUGAAGCAACAUUAGAGGCUCAGAGGAAAAUGACAGCAACGUGGGAGCUUAGGGCUCGUCAAAAGGGAUGGAAAGAAGGAAUGACCAAGUCUACUGCUCAGACUCAAGGAAAUGUCCAGACUGCGUAGAAACCACUCCGCUGAUUUAUUGAACAGAUCCUCUUCAACAUGGUACUUCCUCCGUUGCUUAGUGAUAAACUCUACUAGGCUUUUCUUCUUCACCUUAGAAGUGGGGCAUAAUAUGCAAGAAUCUGAUCGAUUAUAUUUACCAAACCAAGUUAUUUGUUACCAUUUACAGUUACAAGUAUAGAAAACUUAGUUGUUAUCAAAUUGUAGUAGAAUGUCGGCAAGAACCUUGAUCAUCAAUUUCUCAACCCAAUUGUGGUUGAAUGUUCCACUUGUAAGACUGAAAGAAGAAAUUCUUCACUAAAUGUCAGUAUGGAUGGCUGUCUA